AUUAAUGAAAAUUGUCAACAACAAAACUACUUCAGUCAAUUACAAAAUCUGUGUCAACAAAAUAAAGAACAACAUAAAAUCAAUAAUGAUACAAAAUAAAGGUAUUUGUAAUCUACAAGAAAUUAUCAGUUUGUUUACACUCUCUCACCUUCCACAUAUAGAGAAAUUAUACUAUCAAAGUGACAUUGUAGAAGAGGAAAUAAUGAGCUUGUUAUUGAAGCCUUUAAAAUGUUUAACUGUGAGUUCAUGUAAAUGGGAAAAUCAUCAAUUUGUAGGAAAACGUUGCCGGCUGUCUGCAGAGAUAAAUGGAGGACUGGUAAAAUUACAACACCUGGAGUGUUUAUAUAUAGACUGUUUCACUAUGACCCACGAGGUAAUGGAGACAUUGUUAAAUUUCCUCACUAGUAAAAAAUCAAUGAAAGAAAUAAUAUUGUACAGUUUAAACUGUAGUGAUCAUGAUACUUCAUGUAGGGGAUUCAACCUUGACCUGUCUCAACAUUCACAACUAAGAAAUUUAGGAUUGAGCUAUAUACCUGUGUCACAAUUAAACAUGGAUGUAUCAUUGUUAGAGGAAUGUAUUGUAGGUGAAUUAUAUAAACCUGGUGUUGUGUCAUCUUAUCUCAGUCAACUACCAGCAGCCAAUAAACUACAAACAUUUAGAUGUGUUGAUCUAAGAUCUUCCAGUGACAUAGAAACAAUGUUACAAACAGUUCCAUUGUUAUAUCAUGUGAAAUAUGUUAGUUUGGUGAGAAUGAAUCUAGGUGAAAGAUCAUUAACACUGUCACCUCAAAUGAUCAAUAUUGAACGUGUUAACUUGUUUUAUAUUAUAACAAUGUCUUGUUCAGUGUUACAUGAUCUCAUUACUGUUAUAAACAAACUACCACAUACAGUGACAGUAGGUAUGGAAGGUUGUGAUAUAAAACCAGAAACAGAAUUUGAAAACUUUAAAACAUUUAUAAAACAAUCAGACAAUUUUGUGGUCACAUAUGAUGGCACCUUGAAGUCUGGAGUGUACCUGUUUGAGUUUAAAACAUCAACAGCAAGUACUGAGUAACCUUAAAUGAACUUGGAGAAACAAUUUAUAAAUAGAUUAUGAGACUAAUGACAGGUGAAAUAGACAUCAUUUUAUUUAAUCAAUAUUCUCAGGUGAAUGUUUUAUAGUAAGGAUAUGAAUGGAAUGAAAAAAACAUUUACGUUUUAAACUUCAUACAUAUUUUAGUUAGAUAGAAAACUAUAACACUAAAGUGGCAUUAUUAAAACAAAGGAAUUAUUCUUUAAAUGAUGAACACACAAUGGAAGUAUCCUAAUUUCAAAUGAUGAUUGAUCUUAUAUGUGGAAAGGUUACAGUGCAUUUAAAAGAUAUCAUGUACAUGCACUACUCAAACUGUGACCUAGCUUUUCUACAAACCAAGUAAGUCAUUUGUACAUGU